UGGAAAAAUGGUGGGCGGAAAAGAACACAUUGUUGAAAUUGCUUUUUCCAUCUGCGCAUCUGUUUUUGUCCCAGUUAGUCUGGUCUUGUUCAGUAUGUUUGAAAUAUUGUGCAGAAUGUUGCUGAAACCCCACAAACACACCUCAGAGUUGUUGGAGAAAAUUCUGUUAAUUUGACAGGCUGAAAAUGUAUGUACAGACAAAUUACAAGACCUGUGCUGUUGCCCUUUUAGAUAUAAUAUUACAGGGUUAUGUAUCUACAUAUGAAUUUUUCAUUUCAGUUAUAAGAUCUCACUUAGGUCUACAGUGGAAAUGUGUAAUAACAUAAUUUUAUACUGGUCUGUGAAAUACCAGGUAAAACAUUCACGCUGCAAAAGGACCGAUGUGCAAUCAAUCUCCAAAUGUCCUGUACAGUAAUGAUCGGAGAGUGAAGUUUCUGAAAUCCUGACAAUGAGUGUAGCUACACAGCAGUCAAUCGUUUACCUUUUUUUUUUAACACCAAUCAAAACAUCUUAUUUAGACCAAUACGGAGUGAGUCACCGACGCGCGUGGUAACUGCACGUUUUCAUUUUCAUGAAACCUCGUUCAUUACAUUACAUUAGGCAGACGCUUUUAUCCAAAGCGACGUACAAGAAGUGCAUACCGAAGGUCACACCUCAUUCACAACUAUACUGUACAUAGUGAAUCGAUCGCUGUGGUCCAUUUAUGGCACCACUGAAGUAUAAAGGUAAGGGAACUAGAGUCGUAAUUUUGAGAUUGCAUGUUAAAAUCCCAACUGGCCCGAGUAAACUUGAUCAAGAUAGUUAACCUACCUUGCUGCUGGAUUGUAAUCAAUAAAUCUUAUCUGUAAAGUUCAACCGGGGACGCAGCCACAGGUAGGCCUCGCUGAGCCUGAUCCGGAUUGAUCACAGGCCUACCCAAUCAAAUGACAGAAAGCACAUUUUUAGCAUUUGUAUUUGAUUUGCCUUCUGUGCGUGUCAUCGUUGUAUUGUGACCAAUUAAAAUUUUGGGACAUCAAAAAGUUACUGUGCGCGGUAAAAAAAAGAAAAGAAAAAAGGUAGGCUUGUGUUACUGCGGCAUGGUUGUCCUCUGUGUAAAGAAGUGCAUUCCAAAUUAAUUUACGUUACCUCCUCCACAAGCCAUCAAUGGUGAGCGGAAGACAUCCGGACUGUAACUUUCUGCUGGAGCUUCAGAAGGAUGAGGAGGAGUGCUACGCUCGGCUUCGGAAGCAGGAGAAACCCGUUUCCAAAGGGUGCAAAGGACUCUGGGACAACAUAUCGUGUUGGGACCGUGCUGAGAUCGGAGCAACGGUCACCAUCCCCUGCCCACGAGUUCUCAAAACUUUCUUCGGUAGAAACGGAUAUAUCAGUAAGAACUGCACGGCUGACGGCUGGUCUGACGUUUUUCCCAACAUAACCAGCGCCUGUGGGAGUGACACACGGCAUGACAAGCUGGUGUUUUACACGGUGGUGAAGGCACUUUACACCCUGGGACACUGCUUAUCCCUGAUCGCUCUCACCACAGGAAGUGCAAUCCUUUGUCUGUUUAGAAAACUCCACUGCACGAGGAAUUACAUCCACCUGAACCUCUUCUUCUCCUUCAUCCUGAGGGCGGUGGCCGUUCUGGUGAAAGACCACAUCCUGUUUUCCCACAAUGCUCAGUGCUCGGAUCAGACGUCUCUGGUCGGAUGCAAAGCCAGCCUGGUGGUCUUCCACUACUUCAUCAUGGCCAACUUCUUCUGGCUGCUGGUGGAAGGCCUGUAUCUCCACACGCUCCUCAUGGUGAUAUUCUCCGAGAACAGACACUUCGUCGUCUAUCUCCUGAUCGGCUGGGGGUUCCCAACAGUGUUCGUGUUUGCAUGGACCAUGACAAGAAUUUACUUUGAAGAUACUGGAUGCUGGGAGAUUAACGAGAACCCGGUUCCCAUCUGGGUGAUCAAUGGGCCCAUCGUGUUCUCCAUCAUGGUGAAUUUCAUCCUGUUCAUUAGUAUAAUAAGAAUCCUGGUGCAGAAGCUGAGGUGCCCUGAUGUAGGAGGCAACGAUCAGUCACAGUACAGGAGGCUGGCCAAGUCCACGCUGUUGCUGAUCCCUCUGUUCGGAGUGCACUACGUCAUCUUCGUCUCUCUCAACGAGUCCCUGGAGCAGUGCAAAAUAUUUUUCGAUCUGGCUCUGGGAUCCUUUCAGGGCCUGGUUGUGGCCAUCCUGUAUUGUUUUCUGAACAGCGAGGUGCAGGGGGAGCUGAAGAGGAAGUGGCGGAGCCUGAGUUUGGAGUGCCUGAGCAGCCGGGGCCCCCGGCGCCCGGGGUCCACCACGUACCGCAACGGCACCGACAGCAUCGACAGCACCGCGCACUUCCACCGGAACACCCGCGCCCAGUCCCUCCUGCAGACCGAGACCACCGACCUGUGACCCCACGACCUGUGACCCCACGACCCCACCACCCCGACUUGUGACCCCACGACCUCGCCCCGUUACGCCAGGACCCUGUCAAGUGACCCCAGGACCCUGUCCUGUGACCCCAGGACCCCGUCUCGUUACACCAGGACCCCGUCCUCUGACCCCACGACCCCGUCCUGUGACCCCAGAACCCUGUCCCGUUACACCAGGACCCUGUCUCGUCCCUCUCCCAGGCUUCACGCGCGGAUCGAGCGUUCCCCGUCCCGCAUCUUUAUCUGACAGAAUCAGUGAUCGUUACCCGGGGCCGCGGGCGUCCGUCAGCCCAAACGCUGAAUCGAUUCUGGGAGUCGGAAUCGAUCCGUUUCGCUCGUUUCACCAACGCUUGGGGAAAUUAAAAGAUGUGGCCGCGUCUGACUUUAAUUGAUAAUCCCGUAUUAAUCCUGACAUUCGUUCUGUUGGUGCUCCACACCCCGCCCCCCCCCCCCCCCUCGUGUGCCCUGGGAGGACAGUCACAGCCCACUGCCCCUGUUUUCUAGCGGAGAGAGAGAAAGAGAGGGAGAAAGAGAGAGGGAGAGUGUGCGUAUCAGGACCCAGAAGUACAGAGGUGGGCAGCGAGGGCCGGAUUCAUUCGUGGUUUUCAUGCCAACUUCUGGCUGUAUUUACUUAUUCACCAUUCAGGCCAUCUGACCUGUUAGCUACAUUUCUUGGUAAGCGGACGACUGAUAGCCAAAGACUGUUCUUGUAUCCCUACAUAAAGCCUCUUAGUGUGAUCGAGUCUAUGAGUGAACCGGUGCUGGUGUAUAUAGCCAGUUAGCUCGUUUAGCCGGGGUUAUGUGUGGGAACAAAUACCUGCGUGCACCCCAGCCCCCCAGGACCGGAAUUGGCCACCCCUAAACAAGUACAUCGCACCACAUAAUUGCUCGUCUGCUAAAAAGCGAGAUGUUCGUGGACGCAUUGAAUGGUUUCUUGAGAAUCGAUCGUCUUGUAUCGUGGUGAGGUUGGCGGUUUACCCCACAUCUGUCCGUGGCCUAUCCACGCGAGUAGCCGCUGUAAAAUGGCCCUUCCCGUUGCUCAAAGGUGAUUGGCUGAUUGAGUGGCAGUGUAGUAUAAUGGUUUAGCCUUUAGCAACUGGGCUUGUAACCCAAAGGUUGCAGGUUUGAAUCCCAGGUCGGACACUGCCGUUGUACCCUUGUGCAAGGUGCUUAACCUGAAUUGAUUCAGUGUAUAUCCAGCUGUGAAAAAUGGAUUCUAUGUAAAAAUGAGAGUUGUGUAAGUCGCUCUGGAUAAGAGCAUCUGAUAAAUCACUGUGACGUGAUGCUUUCUGAGACCUUGUAUUUACAGAAAAUAGGUCUCUGAAGACAGCCGUCACAUUGUAUAUGUUAAACACAUCAAAAACAGCAAAUUGCGUCAAAUAAUUAUUCUGAUUAUGUGAAUUGUCAUAUUAAUUUUGCGCUAUAUAAUAAACCGAUUCCUGUAUAGAAUACCAACUGCUUUCUGGAUAACACAGCAGGCAAAAUAAAUGAUACAAUAUUACCGAUAUAAAGAGAGCUAUAAAGUUUCAUUAUUGCAUCAAAGUCACAUGACUGUGUAUAGCCAAAUGCAGUAGGUUUAUUCUUGUAGGAUUUUUUAAAAAUGUGCGAUGUUUUCUUUGUGUCGGUAUUGAAAUAGAGAACGUUCUGCGUUAUCUGUUUUUUAUAAUUUUAUUGUACUUUCCCUCCCCCCCCCCACCCCACCAGGACAAUUAAAGCAAACAUUGUGUGUGACCUACUGAGUGGAGUCUGUACUGUGCCAUGCUGGUCAGAGGGGUAAUGGCAUUAUUGAAUUUUUGUGUCUGUUUUUAAUUGGUGUCAGACGUGCAGGCAGGCUGGAGGCCUGGGGCUGGAGGACUGAGGGGCUGGAGGACUG